UGUCUAGUGAGAUGUCCAUAGUUGUAUAGCCUAUCUCUAUCCAGUGAUCCAGUGCAAUGGAUGUGAAUCUUCAAAUAGCAACGGUUGUGUGGCUGUUAGCCACGUUUAUCACACUUAUGUGUGAACAAGCCCUUGCAGAUGUUCCUCCGCAGCUGAGGAGGGAACCUACCUCAAAACCCGUCCGCCCUUUCAGCCGCGUCAAAUUACGAUGCAGCGCACACCCCAAGGAAGCCAUUAUCACAUGGAGAUGGAAUGGUGUUGAUAUUACUGACUUUCCAAACAUUGCUACAAAUGGUGGCACAUUAUUAAUUAGAAACUUUGAAAGCGACGAAGGGAAUUUAUCCCAUGUUGGGAAUUACCAGUGUGUCGCGACGACGGGAGUUGGGAGUGUCGUCAGCAGAAUAGCAAGAUUAGAAGCAGCUUAUAUAAAGAAAUUUACAGAGAAACCGCCCCCUGAAGUAUUAUCAUGGCAUGGCGAAGUUGGUGUUAUUCCUUGUACAUUACCUGAAAGCAAACCACCAGCCAGAAUGGAAUAUAGUUUCAAGAAUAGAUGGAUAACAGAAAGUACAGAUCAUCACAGGAUAAUGCCUUCAGGUAAUCUUCACAUACUCAAUGUAUCAUCAAGUGAUGCCGGUUUCUACACCUGUUCAGCAGUCAACCCAACGACCAAUAAACGAUUAUCACCCAGGAAUGGAACGUUAUUAGAAGUUAGACAAGGAGAACCAGAAGAUGCUCCAAGGAUAGCAUACUCAAGCGGUGCUGUUGUGUCCCGUGGCGACCCAGCCAUCUUAGAGUGUGUGGUCACUGGUGGUCAUCCAACGUCCAGUAGGGUCCGAUGGGAGAAAUUGACCGGUGAUCUCUCGUUGGACGUCACUCAGCGGGACGGUAGCUUGAUCAUUCCUUCUGCUUCAGUUGAAGAUGGUGGUGCAUACGUCUGCAUCGCAGAGUACAACGGUGUUGAGGUGGAUCGACAAGAAGUUUCUCUCAGUGUCACUAAAGCGCCUUCUAUCCGCACUGGCCCAGCCGAUGCUGUAGCAAGCAUUGGGAAUCCAUCUCGAUUUAGCUGUUCUAUCAGUCGAGCUUCACCAGAUGACAUCCAAUGGUUACAUAAUGCUAAAGACAUCAGGGUGGAUGGCCAUAAAUACACAUUGAAUGGUCGUACACUGACUAUUAAUGAUGUUGGGCUGGAAGACCUGGGUAUGUACCAGUGUCUAGUGAACACAGAUGAAGGCAGUACACAAGCUGCUGCUCAACUCAAAGUCUCAGCUGGAUUUCCAUCAGUUAUAGAACCUCCCAUCAACACCACAGCCAUUGAGGGUGAGAGGGUGUACCUAUCCUGCCGGACGAGGGGCGAACCUUUACCCCUUGUAACUUGGGAGGAUCCUAGGCGUAACUAUGUAUUUAACACCGAUAAAACCUUCAUUUCUGAAGAUUCAGGAGGACUCACUGUAUUUAAGGUGGAUCUGACUGAUGUCGGCUGGUAUACCUGUACUGUUACUAAUAGACACGGUGUUGUCAAAUCAUCGGCUUACCUUUCUGUAUUAGAGAAAGUUCCGACCACCUCAACCACACCAACCCAGGGUGUGAUCGGACCCCCUUUCUCUGGCGCCAUCAGUGAUUCUGGUAUCACAACCAUCGUGGAUACCAACGGAGAGGCUAGCAUCAAACCAGGACCACCUCUUGAGCAGCCAAGCAAGCCUCAAGUCGUCAAGAUUGCCAAGACAUCGGUAGAGGUAAGCUGGACAUACAACAAUGCUGGUAACAGUGCUCCGAUCACAGGCUUCACAGUGCAGUAUAUUGACGUUAGGGGUGUAGAAGGAUGGAGGACAGCGUCCAAUACCAUCGGCCCUCAACAGAGAUCCUACCAAGUCACCAAUCUAGAACCAAGCAAGAUCUAUAGGUUCAGGGUGAUAGCCUCAAAUCGGUACGGAGAGAGUCCUCAUAGUGAUUUAUCCAACCGCAAACUUCUUGAAAGCUCUGUCCCGGUGGUUGCCCCAAAGAGGGCGCCAACGAUAUCACCACGGAUCAUGGAAUGCGUACCGGAGUCUUCUACCACAAUCAGAGUGGUGUGGGAGUACCCCUCCACUGCUCCUGUUACUACCAAUGAGGACAUCGAAGGCUUCUACGUCUACAUCCGUAACUUUGACAGUGAUGAUGACCGUGACUACGUCCGGACACCCAUCAUUGGUGCACAUGUCAGGAGCUAUCUUAUCGAGAAAUUGGAACCCGAGGAAAGUUAUGACAUCAAGGUUGAGAGUUUCAACAGUGCAGGAGAAAGCAAAGGCAGCAAUGUCAUUAUAAGAAGUACUCUUGCCCGCGAGACAGAACCCCCACCGAUCAUCAUCCGUCCCUCCAUACCCGGCCACCCGAUAGACCUCAGUCCCCACAUACCCUUCAUUGACGAUGACCCUACCCUGGCCCCUCCCCACCCCCCAAGGGGACAGAGUGAAGACAUUCUGUAUAUCACCCUCGGGGUGGUGCUGGGGGCGAUGUUACUCGUUCUGAUCAUGUUUGCUGUCAUGUGUGUAUGGAGAGCUAAGCAAGUCAACAGAGACUCCAAUGGACCUGUUCACUGGAACAACCAGCCGAUGUACGAUGGUAACUUUGCCUACCUUGAUGGUGCUAAGUACCCCUACAUGAAUGGCAAGCCGAACAGCAAUCACAGUGGUCCAAAUGGAGUCGCUGGCAGACACAAUCACUAUAGUGAAACUAAUGGUGGAUCCAAGCCCAGGCCUCUCUAUGCACUCCCACAGGACACGUUGGGAGGUCCCCCUUACAUUCCCUGUGGCACCAGUGGCCCGCACCACGACUCGGCACCGGAGACAUCCACGGUACCAUAUGAAGACCACCAAAUGUACACCACCGUCCCAACCAACAACCAUCAUAGUUAUAAUAGCCUAACCAAUGGCAGCAUAAAGGGCCAUCAUGCGACGUCCAAUCAUGAGUUAGGCCACGCCCCUCCUGUGGGGGCGCCCCCGCCACCACGGCCGGUGUGCCACAUACGGGUUAACCCUCGGUUACAGAGGGAGGUGAAUGGCGUCGGGAGUGCUAGCAUAACAGUGCAUGAUCGGCCUAAUAGGACAGGAGGCAGUACAGAAGGAAUAGAUGGUAAAGAUACGGGGUCAUUAACCUUAAGCUUGCCCACUAUGCCUCCUGAUCUGUAUGUUCAAACCACGCCUACCUUAUCCCCCGCCCACUCGAGAAUCUGCUGUGAGGCUCACGCCCCCUCUCGGUCGAGAUCAGCCUCCAGCCAAUCAGAGGCUUCAUCACAUCACAGCUCCAACCAAUCAGAGUCAUCCCAUCGUAGCUACAACCAAUCACAGCUGUCGUCCCAUCACAGUAGCAGCUCCAAAAUUACAGAUGUCUGAUGCCCCGCCCAUUUUUGUACCACCCACCCAUCCUUUUUUUAAUGUAUGUUAAUGUAUAACAAUCAACUUCCACUGCCCUAUCAAAGAUUAUAUAACAUGUGUGUAGAUGUCAAUUUUUUUUCUUAUAUCUCUGUCUCCCAGUAUAAUGGCAUUCUGCCAGGCAAUUGAAGCAAAGUAAAUAUCUUGCUUAAACAGUUCCUUUCCCUUUAUGUAUCUCUUUUGCUGCAUUCAAUGUCUCCUUUUUUGUCUACACAUCAAACUUCUUCCCACGUGCCUUUGUCUGCGUUUUUGUGUUUUGUACUGAAAAGUUAUGAUAUUUUUCUGGGUAUAUAUUUUAUAAAUGAGAAUUUAAUCUGUACAGUACGCAAAGUCGAGAGCUAUUCAUUUGUCUAUUCUCAUUCAAAGAAGAGAGUCUAUUAUCGGUAUUAUGCUAUUAUACGAUGUGCUGUAUAAAAUGGUAAUAUGUCGUUUUUGUAUAUAAAAUUAUAUUGAGAAUGUUGAUGCUCCAUUUUGUGUUAGUAUUGAAAUCAAAUCUGAGUUUGACUACAAGUUUGUGAUAGAUUAAUGAAAUGUGGUGGCAUGCGAAUCGGAGAUGUCUGAAAAAUGAACAAUAUUGGAGAUGUAUGCAUCCAAUAGAACAAACAAUACCAAAUCAACAAUGUUAUACAAUGGUUUAAUUUUUUUCAGACAUAUUACUUCAUGUCAUAUUAUCUCUCAAAAACAAUUUUCUUAGUAAUUUUGAUGUCAAUGGCUUCCUGUAGAUGCGAUCGAUGUGAAUCUCUUGCAAUCAAUCAUUGAUGGAUCUCUAAAGUUUUUAUGUGAGCUCUGCAAUCAGAAUAGAUCAGUUGAUAUAUGUAUUUGAGAGGUGUGAUGAAGAAGGAAGAUAAAUGCCUUUUCAAUGAAUGAAGAGUGGUCAUUGCUAUUUUUAAUUCAAUUGAAUUACUGUUUUAUUUGCAUUUUACAUGUUGCUUAUUUUUUUUUACAAAGGGUAAACCUAUCGAUGCGAAAUGUAUUCAUUUAAACUUUUUAUUGUGUUCCCCAAAACUCAGAUUAUAAGCAUAAAUGAGAAGGAAUCAUGGAGAAAAAGAUCAGUUUAGUUUAUAUACAGGAAAUAGUGUGUGCGAGAAAUCAGUUAUUGAAUAGUGAGAAAGAAAUACUGAAUUACUGUUUGAACUAGGUGAGCAAAAAACUAUCAAUUUGCUAUGGUAACCCAUGUGAAUGAUUUUGGUUUGAUGAUCUGAACACAUUGGAUUGGAAUUGUAUUAAAACUCUAAUCCUAUACUGCACAUUCUUAACACAUCCACACUUGUUAUUUUGCUACUUUUGAUCACUAUUUUCAAAUUUGAAAGCAAUUUGUUGCUAUUAUUUCAUGGAUGGCGACAUCUGCUAUGAAAACACUCCAACACUACUCAUUAUACACAGGGCAACGUUUUAAAGGGCUUGUUUGCUUGCUUUCUUUUCAUGUUUUAUUUCUGCUUUUUCUACCUCAUGACAAUUUUUAUUCAUGCCGAAAUCUUAAAUGAAGAUAAAGUAUUUUGUAGAAUAUUGAAACGACUAUUUCUGUUGCUGAUGGUAAAAAGCAAAUGUGGGAUUACAUGUACAGUUGGUCACAUACAGUACAUAUAAUGAUUGUAGGAGUGAGAGUAAGGGAAACGAUAAUCAUACAUGUAAAUUAUACACUCCCAGGAUUAUUGAAGUUUGAGUAUAUGGAGCGCUAGUGGAAGUUAGCAAGAUCAAAUUCACUGUAUUAAUCCAUAACGGUAUAAUACAAUAGAGGAGACACUUUUGCAGUUCCUCUGUCUUCAAUGCUAGCAAUUACAUAUUGAAUAUUAUUGGAGAGAAAUUUGUGCUGAAAAAUGAAAUUAUUGUUACAAUUUCCAGUUACAGUAUGUGCAGAUUUUCUUGAAUAAAAGCUGUGAAACUUGAGCUGAUCAUUAUACUCUCUAAAUUGGCAAUGCGAUGAAAAUAACAUGCUCACUGUUUACAAAUUGGCAACUUUUCUAUAAAUUGUUCUUUUUAUUAUAAAACUUUUACUCAUGUUCUUUAUAUUUUUUUUCUUCAAAAUAUUAAAAAGGAAAGGAGUAAAUGUUGCUAUUUUGAGAAGGAAAAUAAGAAUAAAUUUGAUUUUGUGAAAGAUGUUUACCUCAAUGGGGCAAUGAAUAAAUAAUGGUAGAUUUAUAGUUGGUUAUCAACAACAUAAAAUGUAACCUUAUUCCCCAUGAAAAUGCCCCAUGAUCCUCAUACAACUAAUAUUUCCAUUCAUUUACCCUGUCAAAAUUUGUUGGAAAUUCAUGUAUUUUACAAUUUGAAUGUGUAAUUUACAAUUUUCUUUAUGAAUUGAGUAGUCAUUGUGAAGCAUAGGCCAUGUCUGGUCAUGUUUCUUUCAGCUGUCUUCAUUGUUAUAACACUGCCUUUUUAUAUUCAUAUGAUUUUGCUCUGAAAUAUGUGUAGAUCUAUUAUCCGGAUCAUUAAAUGAUAUUCAUGUACGUGUAUUCUAUGCAUAACAAGUCAAAAAGGAAUGUACAUUUUCAACGGUCAUUUUCUUUUUAUUCUGUGUAUAUUUUAUACGAUUUUGUACUAAUUGGUUCUUUUGAGAAGAAUCUUGAAAUACAGUGUGUUUUAUUGUUUUUGGUUAUAAUAAUAUAUGUUCACAAACCACCAAGCUGUUCACUUCAUCAUUAAUUUUGACAUACCUGUACUGCUUUGUUAAGUAAUUUGUUGUUGAAACUGAUACCAUUUCCUUUAGUUCCAGUUUUUAUCAGAUUGGUUUUAUAAGAUAUUGGGGUUUGGGUUACAGAUUCCUUUGGUGCUUUUUUUUUCCUUAUGUCUUCCUUAUUGCAUAACAAGUGACUUUCCAUGGAGGUAAUAAUAAUCAGUAUAAAGCAAAAUCAAACAAUUGGAUAAUUCAUUCUUAAAACAUUUGAUUUAAGUCAUUAUGAGUCCUUUUACACAAAGCGAAGUGACCCCUGUAUUGCAUUAAUUUAACAAAAUUAGUUUUUUGUUGAAACUGAUACCAUUUCCCCUAGUGCCAGUUUUUAUCAGAUUGGUUUUAUAAGAACAUGUAAGAUAUUGGGGUUUGGGUUACAGAUUCCUUAGGUGCUUUUCUUUAUUUUUAGCGUAAGUAAAAAUUCAUCCAUUCUUAUGUCUUCCUUAUUGCAUAACAAGUGACUUUCCAUGGAGGUAAUGAUAAUCAGUAUAAAGCAAAAUCAAACAAUUGGAUAAUUAUUCUUAAAACAUUUGAUUUAAGUCAUUAUGAGUCCUUUUACACAAAGCAAAGUGAUUAAUCAUAAGGCUGAUUUUUAAUUGAUCACAUCAUUCAUAAUAAUGUACGGUCAAUCGUACAUUCAACUUUAUGAUCAAUCACAAGCCUUUGUGUCACAUGGUUUAAAUCAAUACCCAUCUAUUUUACAGCAAUAAGAUAUUUUUAGAUAAAUUCAUUCUAGGUCGGAGAAAUGAUUUGAUGUGCUUCCAGUAUUUUUGUUUCAAAAUCUUCCUUUCUGUGUGGAUUUGGUGUUUCUAUUUUCUUAGUUUUCUUUUUAAAAGAAUAUAUUUCCUUUAAUACCUGCCAAGUGUUCCUAUUUAUUAGAAAUUUUUUUAUUUUGAGGAAAAGAAAAUUGUCAUUUUAACAUGUGUGUUCCUAUUUUUUGGAAAAUUUUCUGUAGUAUUGAAUAGGGGUUUAAGAAUGUUCAUAUUUCUGGAAAUUUCUUUGUAAUAUGUUCCUAUUUUUUGUCAGGGUUGGUACGUAUUUCAUAUAUGAGUAUUCAGAUAUGUUCUAGGAAAUUGUACUAGCUUUAAAAUGUAACUUUGUCAUUAAAAUAAUUUAGUAAGGAUUUUUUACUGGUGGCUAACAUACCAAGAUAUUCACUGACCCUCAAUUGCAGAUGCAUACACUUUAAGUUGAUAAAAGUCUUCCAAGAUUCAAUGGUUUUACAUUUUAGUCGUCUCUCGCUAAAGCUUGAACUCUCAUUAUAAGUUUGGGAGUAGUGCAAAUAUGCUUUCAUGAAUAUCACACAAUAUCACUUUGUGAAGUCCAUUCAUACCACAGCAUAUGUUCUCACUUACUAGUGAUAGAAAAAAAUGUUUAACUAAACCAAAUCAGUUUAUACUUGUUGAUACAAUAAACAGGCAAGCAAUCAUUUCCAAAUUUACAGUUAAUUGCAGGACUUAUGAUUGAUUUGGAGACCUGGGCCCCGUCUUACAAUGAGUUAAAUUGCUCCGAUCAAUCUCAACUAAAUGGAAAUCCAUCAAUGUCAGAUUUUUUUCCUUAGGAAAUUUGCUUAAUGUCCUUUAAAAACAAAGACAAGCACACUGAAUUGUCAAGAAAACAGUUGAAUGUAAGAAUAUAUACAUUAUUUCUAGAAAAUAUUUUGAACAAACAUGUAUUUUAGAUGUUGACGCUGCUGGCUUUCCAUAAUAGCGAUUGAUCGGAUCAAUCGUAACUAUAUAUAUUUUUUUUCAAUCAUGUUGUCUUAACAUGCUUCCUUGUAAGAUGUUCCACGUUAAAUGAAUUGUAAUACAAUCAUGAAAUGAAACCAGAAUCAUAUCAUUUUCUACUACUAGUACACUGCAAAAACUUUGGUGUUGAUUUAACACCAGCCUGGAAUCACACCAGAGAAGUGUUAAACAACACCAGUUUCGUUUUGGUCUAACACCAGAAAGGUGUUUAUACAACACCAAUUUAAUAGUAUUAAAACAGCAGCAGCAGAAUCGGUUUGAUUCCAAACUGGUGUUGUUUCAAUACUUCUCUGGUGUGGACAUAUAUAGAUUCCGGGCUGGUGUUAAAUCAACACCAGAGAUUUUGCAGUUUACUCUUGUGAUUCAUAUCAUGUUAUAUUCACUGCCAUACCUUAAAAUUGAACAAGUAGAAUAUCUGAAUCUCUUAAUCAAAAUUUGUACGAAAGUCUCUAACCUUGCCAGAGCACUAUGUAUUCAGUGAAAAUGGUGAAAAUCUGGCCUAGGGGGUGAUUCUUGUAGUUAUUUAUGAAAUCAUGCAUGACAUCACAUGACCUUUGUCAAAACGAUGAAUUGAGACAGUGUAUUUCUUUAUCCCAGGGUUUAUUUAUUUGUUUUUUUAUAUCAAAGACAAGGCACCUACAAGAGCUUGUUCUGAAAAUCAUGCUUUAUUACUUUUGAAGGAGAGUCGUUACUGCAUGCUAAACUGGAUUUUACUAUGUCUUGUCAAAAUGAAAACAGCUUUGGCUCCAUGUAUUUCGCAAAUCCUUUAGGAUGUGUCCUUGGUCACAAAAAAAUGUGAUAGCGUUGGCAUCAUGUAUUUAUUUUUAGUUUAUUUAUUAUAAAAAAGGAUACACAAUUCCACCAUGUUGCAGAAUUGUUCUUCCAUUUUGCCCUAUUUUGCCAGUUGUAUUCUAUGUCACUUUUUAAAAUAAAUGCAUAUGCAAUCAGUAUUAUAGGAGAGUGGGAGUGUUUUAUCAUGGACCUAGGUCCAUGGUUUUAUGAACAAACUUAGACCAACCUUGUGUAAAUAAAAUAUUUUAGGGGGUGGGCCUGCCAUUUUUAUGCACAAAAUGGAUCAUAUGAUGUGUAAUCCUUUCAAUAAUUUUUUACGUUUUUGAGAGGAUAUCAUUCAGAAUAUUCAAGGGUACUUCUUGAAAAAUAUUUGAUUUCAAAACUUAUCAAUUUUUUAUUGCUAGGUAGUGACUUAAUUUAGCAUUCCCGUGUGAUGAAAUUACAAACUUGGUAUUGGGUAUUGAUACCUAUAUUGUAUUCAUUCUUUGUCUGUUUUCUUCGAUGAGAAAAAGUGGCGUUUUUGUAUUCUUAAAUAUUCUAUGUGAAAUAUGACCAUUUUGUGGAAGAUACAGUAUUUUAUUAUCACAAUGUUGUGAUUGAUUUCGUACAUAAAUAAUAAAAAAAAUCUAUUCUUGUCUGUAUGCAUCGAAAGUGUAUUAUAAUGAAUCUAUAUAUAUUUGUGAUAUAAUGAUAAUAAAAUGUGGCAUGUCAUGAACAUGGCAAAAACUUAUGAAAGAGAAAUU